UGCCGUAGCGCACCCAACAGAAUGCCGCACAUGCUUUAUCAGAAAGCUCUCUUGUAUUGCUCUCGCAAAAGAUGUGCGCUAAGCAAUGAUCAGAGUUCGUGAUUGGGUGUGCAUGAUCCCUUAUUGGCGGAACUGCAUCCUACUGCAAUCGAUGCCAAAAGCAAAAACUACCGUGUUAGGAAGUAAUGUAGAGCGCAUCAUGAAUGCAAAAUUCCGCAUACUUCCAACCAGAAGUAGCAUCCAAGGGUGGCUCUUACACUACUUCCUAUCAGGAAAAAUAUUCCUCAGUCAGCACUUGCCAAUAUUACAGCCACGUGAUUCGUCUUUCACCCAUGCUGUUGACAUAGGCGGUAAACGAGCACAACAUUUGCCGUUCAGGUGCCUUGACGUACACGUACAUAACGAACCCCUCAAAAACGAUACCAAGUGUCACCAGGUCAGAUCUGAUCAAGUCUCAGCGGUCCAGACCGCUCACCUCUUGUUCAACGGGCCCGCUCGAAUGACGUCGGAAUACGAGCGUCCGGGCGCGCUCCGUCAACCGUGCUCGUCCGUUUCAUGAAUUUACAGAACCUGAACCUGAACCCUUGGAUGAGGCGAUGACGCUAAAUUUAGGGGAAUACCGGGGUGGCUGAAGAACUUCUUUUCUAAGCGAAAAGCAUGUCAAUCAAAGGGUCUGGAAUCGAUGGAAAAGUGGAGCUGAGUGUCGGGGGGAUCCUGAAGCAUUGUGCGGUGUGAAGGUUCAAGGCUGGGCUUUCAUAUUGAGAAUGGUUUAGAGUCUUGUUAAAAUCUGUGUGUUGCGAAGGGAU